GGAGGGGGGAAGUUCUGUGUUAGCCCAGCAUUGGAUGUUUCGAGAGAGGGAGUGAACCGUAUCUUUCUAUUUCUCCUCCUCUCUUUCUCUGUCUCCAUCACUAUCGAGUUGAGGAGAGAGAACUACAUACACAUGCACAUAGCCAGCGGAAGCAUGCAUGAGCUCAGGGUGCUGAAACAAAAGGCACGUUAUCUAUCACCCACUACAUCAUUCUGGAGCCCUGCACACCCAUCAGAGUUAUGAGCAUACGAGAGAGGCUGAGCGGGACAGGUUACCAAGGAGACUAAAAUGGUGAAAUGCACAAGCGUCUCGAAUUCCUGAAGUCUUAAGGAACUUAAAAGCAGUUAUGCCAGGCUCCAAUCAGGAGAACAUAAUGAAGUCGCAGCAGAAGUGUAUUGCUGUGUUUGCACUUGUUUGCUGCUUUGCUGUCCUGGUGGCUUUGAUUUUCUCUGCUGUGGAUGUCUGGGGAGAGGAUGAGGAUGGUGUCACUGAAGAAAACUGCAGUAAUAAUUGUCGUGUUGUGCUUGUGGAGAACAUCCCAGGAGAGCUGUCCUUCAACCACAAUAGUUCAACCAAUAUGCCUCUCAUUGUGGGCCUCAACCACCUUCUGGAUCAAGCUAAACUGUCAGUUGAGAUUGUAUCCCCAUACUGGGCUCUGACCUCCACAGACCAGGGGUCACGGCUUUAUUCUGCCUAUCAGGGUCAGUUUUUGUUUCAAAGAUUGCUAAGUCUGAAGUCUCGAGGUGUCAAAUUAAAGAUCGCCAGUGACCAGCCCAACUCCACUGAGCUGAAGAGCAUGUCUGACCGCUAUGCAGAGGUGCGCUACGUCAAUAUGUCUGCUCUCACCAGAGGUAGACUGCUUUCCUCCUUCUGGGUGGUGGACAGGAAGCACAUUUACAUUGGCAGUGCUGGCAUGAGCUGGAAGGCAUUGUCCAAGCUGAAGGAACUUGGUGUGAUAGUGUUUGACUGUAGUUGUCUGGCUCUAGACCUGCACAGGAUCUUCUCUUUUUACUGGCAGCUGCAGUACAGAGACUACAUCCCCUCUAUAUGGUCCAAGAGAGUCACAGCUGUGUUCAACAGAGAUAAACCAGUCCAGCUCAGACUCAACAAUACUGAUGUAUCUGCUUAUGUCUCGACGUCACCAGAGCUCUUUUGCCCCAAGGGUCGAAGUAGAGAUAUAGACGCUAUUCGGCACGUUAUCAGAGAAGCGAAGCAGUUCAUCUACAUCUCUGUAACAGAUUACCUGCCCUUAGUCAACCGCAGCUAUCGAGGAUCGUCAGUUAUAAGGUACUGGUCACCAAUAGACGAGAUGCUCCGGGAGGCUGCAGUUAUGAGAGAGGUUAAAGUUCGACUUUUAAUCAGUCUGUGGACACAUACACAUCUGCUAACCUUGAAUUUCAUGACAUCAAUGCAGGCGCUGUGCACAGGACUGCCUAGCUGCUCGAUAGAGGUGAGAUUUUACAGAGGCAAGGAACAGAUGGGAGGAUUUCAGCACAGAAUAAAUGAGAAUAAAUUCAUAGUGACAGAUAAUGCAGUAUAUAUUGGGAACCUGGACUGGGUUGGCAGUGACUUUGCCUUCAAUGCAGGAGUCGGGCUGGUGAUUCAGGAAACGCAGAGCGAGCGGGAAGGCCAUGACACUCUUGUAAAGCAUAUGACUGCUGCUUUUCAAAGAGAUUGGUUUUCACCCUUCACAUUAAGCCUGCUUGCUGGCAGCAAGGCGCUACAAGAGAACCAACAUGGGAGACAAAAACUGCAGGCUUUGAAAACAAAACCAGAGAGUGUAAAUGACCAGAGGGAACUUCUCUGAAGUGGGACCAUUAAGCCAGGGACUUAUCUGUGCCUUGGAACAUUUGUGCCAUGAUUCAACCCAUUCCAAUUUUCAGAUGCUGUCAAUGGAAUUGAAUAAUUAUCUCUGAAGGACUUCUAUAAAGGAAAAUAUUUUUUGUGCGUGCUUUUGUUUUUCCAUUACAGCACAGCAAGUUCAAUAAAAACUUCAUUAUCCUCUCACUGAACAGUUAUGUAACGCAUAGGUAUUUAGAUAAACAGUCAGUACAAUGCAAAGCAAGAUUUUUGUCAUGUUUUCCAGGUAAUAUAUAAACAUCCUUUAAACAAGAUACAAUCAUACUUGAGAAGCAAAAUAUGCAUAAAUCUAUCAAAAUCUACUAAUAUUUAAAAUAAGAGAAAAACUAUGUGCUAAUUGGAUAAGAAAAAAAUUAACUAAAUUCAAGAUAUAUUCUUUGAAAAUAAUUUUGCUUCUCAAGUAAAUAUUUGUUUUGAGGUGAUAUUUUUACUGGAAAUUAACACAAAAAUAUUUGUUAAGAUUUUUUAUAUAUAUAUAAUAAUUUACUCCAAUAUUUUAAGACAUUUUUUAAUUUUUUUUAUUUAUUCAAAAACUUAAAACUGCUCAUAAAAUGAUUUUCAAGAAAGCACAUUGCCAAAAUUGUAUAAUCAUUGUGUAAAUAUUUUUUCUUGAGAAGUAAAACAGGUUCAGUGGGAUCAUUAACAUACAUACUUUUUUAAAUAAAUGACAUUUUAAAUCAAAACAAGAUUAAUUUACUGCUAGGAUCAAAAUAUGCAUAAAUCUAAAUAAAUGUAUUGAUAUUUAUGCUUAAAAUGCGAGAACAAAUAUUUGCCAAUGGGAUUAGAAACAUUUAUAUAUUCUCUGACAAUUAUUUUGCUACGCAAUUUUGCAUCUCAAGUAAAUUUAUUUAUUUAUUUUGGAAAUAAUUUACUGUAAUAUUCAAAGACAUUUCUUUAUUUUUAAACCAGUAUAUUCAAAAAUGUAAAACUACUCAUGAAUGAUUUUUAGAAAGUACAUUGCCAAAACAAUGCCAACUUUUGUAAAUUAUUAUUUCCUUGAGAUGUAAAACAGGUUUACUGGGAUCAUAAAAUAUGCUUUUUUAAAUCAAGAACAUUUUUUAGUUAAAAACAAAAAAAAAGAACGAAAUAUAUAUAUUUUUUAUCUUUUUAAUUGUGUUAUCCCAACACAAACAUGCUGAUUAGCCUUUUCAUACAAUGCCUUGUACUGUAGCUGUCCUUGCUUUAUGGUUGACUAUAUAUUAUGGCACAUCUGACACUGUUUACAUGAUGCAGCAUGCACAGUUCUUAAAAGCUUGAAAUAUUUUAUAAUUGUAUGCAAAAGAAGAGAUUGAUUUUCUUAUGGAAUGCAAACUUAGCCUACACCCUUUAAAUGUAGCUUUUUAUAUAUAGGCUACAGCUUUAUAUAGAAUUCUAUAAAUGACUGUUUUACAUUAAUGCUAUAUUCAAACAUGUAAUUAUGCUGAUUAUGCUUACAGUACAUAGGCCACAUAUGUUGCAUUCAUUUCUCAGUAGUUUGUGGCCUGAUGCUGCAACGUGUCUUUGCCUUAUAUAUCCUGCUAUUCUGUAGCUUUCAUUGAUUUCUGAAUGACCUUCUCUAUGAUACAAUGCAUCUUAUGAUAUACUGUAUACAUAUAUAUUAAAACUGUUUGCUGCAGCAUGAGUUAUAUUCCCAUGUGCAUACUUAUUGUCGUACACGGAAUGCAUAACUUAUUAUACACCUUUAAAUGUAUAGCACAUCUAACUGACUGUUAUAAUUAGAUAUUAAAGAGCUCAUUAAACAUUGACUGCCAACAGUUGUCUUAUUGGUUUAUCACUGUGUUGAUGUGUAGAAGGUUGAGUCAGCCUGUGAGCAAAUGUCUAUCAAACCCAAAUAAAUUUAA